CCCAUUUGAACACUCACCCGUUCCUGAGUGGGUGCCCUUUACACACUCAUACCACCUUGCGUGCGCACGCGCGCACACACACACCCCUUCCUGAGUGGAUGACCACCUUUGCACGCUCUCAUCUCCUUUCAUGCUCACUCUCCUUCCCGAAUGCAUGACCCCUUUACACAGUACCUCACUCCUGUUGAGCCCUAAUGUCUCUCUCUUUGGAAGAAAAUGAACUGGUGGGAGGUUGAAUUGCCCCUCACCUUCAUCUGUCAUGGUUUUCAGAUGAGGCAAGGCUGAAAGGAGUGGAUGAAAGUAAUGCCCUGGUCCUGCCGGCUAAAAAGACAAAGACGAAAAAAGUAGCUUGUGACACACAAGGAGAGAAGAAGCCCCUGAGCAAAAAACAGAGGAAAAUCUUGCAAAAAGUUUUAGAGCAGAAAGAGAAGAAAAAUCAGCGAGCUGAAUUGCUAAGUAAGUUAAAUGAGGUCCAGGCUUCUGAGGCUGAAAUGAAACUUCUGUACACCACUUCCAAGUUGGGUAUUGGAGGACGCAUAUACCAGACCAAACGGACAGUACAAGAAGCAGGCACCUCAUGUCCGGAGAAGAUAAGUAGCAUCAGUGGUGCAAAUAAAAAAAGGUGCAGACUAGAUCUGGAAGUGGAAUUUGAGAAGAAGACUGAAUCCUCUGAUAGCUCUUGUGAAGAGGAAGAGCAUAAAGAAACAAUUGAAAAGCCAGCCACUGACAGCUUUAACUUUGGAAAGGUGGAAGAAUGCGUUAAGAAGCCAUUGAAUAGUGAUCAGGCUCUUCCUAGCUCGCCAGCUCAUCAAAAAGCUAUCCAUAAGCCAUCUUCCAAGCCUGCAGUUUUCAUCCCAGUGGACAGGUCGCCUGAGAUACAGGAAGCGAGACUAAAGCUUCCUAUCCUCGCUGAAGAACAAGUUAUCAUGGAAGCUAUUAACGAGAAUCCUGUUGUCAUCAUAUGCGGAGAAACUGGGAGUGGUAAAACCACUCAAGUGCCUCAGUUUCUGUAUGAAGCCGGCUAUGCCAGUUCCGAGGGCAUCAUUGGAAUCACAGAGCCUCGGCGUGUAGCCGCAGUGUCUAUGUCUCAUCGGGUCGCUAGGGAAAUGAAUUUUUCACACAGGAUAGUUUCAUAUCAAAUACGUUAUGAAGGAAACGUUACAGAUGAAACCAAAAUUAAGUUCAUGACGGAUGGUGUGCUACUGAAAGAAAUUCAGAAGGACUUCUUGCUUUUGAAGUACAAAGUGAUCAUUAUUGAUGAAGCCCAUGAAAGAAGCGUGUACACAGAUAUCCUGAUCGGCCUCCUAUCUCGCAUCGUGCCCCUUCGUGGAAAGAAAGGGCAGCCUAUGAAGCUGAUCAUUAUGUCUGCCACCCUUCGUGUUGAAGACUUCACUGAUAACAAGAAACUCUUUCCUGCUGUUCCUCCUGCUAUACAGGUAGAUGCAAGGCAAUUCCCUGUGGCUGUUCAUUUUAAUAAGAGAACUCCAGUAGAUGACUACAAUGGGGAAUGUUUCAGAAAAGUCUGUAAAAUCCACCGAAUGUUACCCGCAGGAGGGAUUUUGGUGUUCUUAACAGGCCAAGCAGAAGUACACUCGCUCUGUAGAAGACUAAGAAAAACCUUUCCGUUACGUAAAAAUAAAACUGAAGGAGAUGAAGAGAAGGAAGAAUCAGUCGAAGAAGUCAGGAAAUUUAAGAAAUCCAAACGGAAGAAAACUAUGCUGCUACCCAAAAUCGAUCUGAACAGUUACUCCGUUUUGCCAGUGGACGAAGGCGAUGAGGACAGAGAAGCUGAAAUGGAGGAUGAUGAGGAUGCUGUGGGCUCUGACGUUGACCUAGAUUUGGGAGAUGAUGGACUGGAGGAAGGUGAGAAGUCAGAUUCUUCCCUUCCGCUCUACGUGCUCCCACUCUACUCUUUACUAGCACCAGAAAAGCAAGCCAAGGUGUUCCGACCUCCUCCUCUUGGAACACGACUGUGUGUUGUUGCAACCAACGUGGCUGAGACGUCUCUCACUAUCCCCAGCAUUAAAUACGUGGUUGACUGUGGGAAAGUCAAGAAACGCUUCUAUGACAAAGUUACUGGGGUUUCGUCUUUCAGAGUCACCUGGACGUCUCAAGCAUCUGCAAACCAGCGGGCAGGACGAGCUGGCCGCACGGAGCCAGGGCACUGUUAUAGGCUCUAUUCAUCUGCAGUUUUCAGUGACUUUGAGAAAUUUUCUCCUCCGGAAAUUACAAGGCGACCUGUGGAAGACUUGAUUCUACAGAUGAAAGCAUUAAACAUUGAAAAGGUGAUCAACUUCCCUUUUCCAACCCCGCCUCCAACAGAGGCACUUGCAGCCGCUGAAGAGCUACUGAUAGCGCUCGGAGCCCUGCAGGAACCACCCAAGACAGGAAGGCUGAAAGAGCUGCAAAUAGCAAAGCUGAGCUGUCCAGUUAGUCCCUUGGGCUUGACCAUGGCAUCCUUUCCUGUGGCCCCACGCUACGCUAAGAUGCUCGCUUUAAGUAAACAGCACGACUGCCUGCCGUAUGCCAUUACCAUAGUGUCCGCAAUGACCGUUCGAGAGCUCUUUGAGGAGUUUGAGAGACCAGCUGUAAGUGAAGAAGAGACGGAGAAGCUCAAGGGGAAGAAAGCAAGAGUUAUACAGAUGCGGAGGAUCUGGGCUGGACAAGGGCCUUUUCAAAAGCUAGGAGACCUCAUGGUGAUGUUAGGAGCUGUGGGGGCCUGUGAGUAUGCAGGGUGUACUCCUAAAUUCUGUGAAGCGAAUGGGCUGCGAUACAAAGCUAUGUUGGAAAUCAGGCGCUUACGGGGGCAGCUGACGACAGCAGUGAAUUCAGUCUGCCCCGAUGUUGGCCUCUUCGUUGAUCCAAAAAUGAAGCCCCCCACAGAGACCCAGGUGACCUAUUUGAGGCAGAUAGUGUUGGCGGGGUUAGGGGACCAUAUUGCCCGAAGGAUCCAGGCGGAGGAACUUCUGGAUGAGAAAUGGAAAAAUGCCUACAAGACUCCUCUGCUGGAUGACCCUGUCUUUAUCCACCCGAAUUCUGUCCUCUUCAAACAACUCCCAGAGUUUGUGGUGUAUCAAGAAAUUGUUGAAACUACUCAAAUGUACAUGAAAGGUGUUUCGGCCAUUGAAUCUGAAUGGAUCCCAGUCCUGCUACCUCCGUACUGUCACUUUGGGAAACCUUUGGAAAAUCCGUCUCCAUUUUAUUGCCCGGAUACAGGCAGAAUAAGGUGCCACAGACCAAGUGUUUUCUAUCGAGUAGGCUGGCAGCUUCCAGCAGUGGAGGUAGAUUACCCAGAGGGUAUUGAUCGCUACAAAUACUUUGCCAAAUUUUUACUGGAAGGAAAGAUCAUUAAACAGCUAGGCUCUUAUAAGCGUUGUUUGCUGUCCAGUCCACUCACAAUGCUGAAGACAUGGUCCAAGCUUCAGCCCCGGACAGAAAUCCUGCUGAAGGCUCUUGUUUCAGAAAGUGCUGAUAGUCGUGAUGCUUUGCUGGCUGCGUGGAAAAAAAAUCCCAGGUACUUGCUGUCUGCGUAUUGCCAUUGGAUCCCCGAAGUUAUGCAUGAUGACGUAGCCAAACGCUGGCCACCCGUGACAUUAUGAAUUGUCAAGAUUUCCCUUCUAUGGAUAAUCCCUAUCUCAGACAUCUCUAGAACUCCCUUUUUGAAGGAAGACUUGGGGG